AUGGAGAUAGGGAAGAGUAUGGGUAGUGAAGAAAUAGAGAACAAGAAGAAGGUGAAAUCUCAGCGACGAGGAGGACUCCGAACACUGCCUUUCAUCCUUGCUAAUGAGGUAUGUGAUAGAUUUGCUGUAGCUGGUUUCAAUGGAAACCUGAUAAGUUACCUAACUCAACAACUGAAUAUGCCAUUAGUAUCAGCUGCAAACACACUCACAAUCUUCGGCGGAACAGCCAGCUUCACACCUCUCAUCGGUGCUCUCAUUUCCGAGUCCUUUGCCGGCCACUUCUGGACCAUUACCAUUGGUUCAAUCAUCUACCAACUUGGAAUGAUGAGCAUAACACUAUCGACUAUACUUCCUCACAUGCGUCCUCCACCGUGUCCAACGCAGAUAAAUUGUCAAGAAGCAACAUCCUCCCAACUAUCAAUGUUCUUCAUCUCUCUCGCUCUUAUAUCGAUUGGAUCAGGUGGAAUUAGGCCUUGUGUUGUUCCGUUCUUAGGAGAACAAUUUGACAUGACUAAAACAGGCGUAGCGUCUAGAAAAUGGAACAUUUUCAAUUGGUACUUUUUCUUCAUGGGAAUUGCUUCUCUAACUGCUUUAACAAUUGUGGUUUAUAUUCAAGAUAAUACUGGUUGGGGCUGGGGAUUUGGCAUACCGACCAUUGUUAUGUUUUUGUCCAUUGUCGCCUUUGUGUUCGGCUCACCCUUUUAUAAAACUCAGAAACCUAAAGGAAGCCCUUUGGUUCGUUUGGCCCAAGUUAUUGUUGCGGCCCUGAAAAAGAGGAACCAGGUUUUACCAAAUGAUCCCAAACAUUUGUAUCAAAAUAGAGAGGUUGAUGCUGGUAUUUCUUUUGAAGGAAGACUUUUACAUACAAAUCAAUUUAAAUGGUUGGACAAGGCUGCAAUCGUCACAGGCGGAGACGACCUAGAACAAAAUGCACCACCGAAUUUUUGGAAAUUAGUUACUGUCCAUAGAGUUGAGGAGCUAAAGUCAAUCAUUAGAAUCCUUCCGAUUUCCGCAUCAGGAAUUUUACUUAUAGCCGCUUCAGCACACCUGCCAAGCUUUGUCAUCGAACAAGCGCGAACAAUGGAUCGUCAUCUCUCACACACAUUCCAAAUUUCGCCCGCCAAUAUGUCAAUUUUCAGUGUAAUAACUAUGAUGACAGGAGUUAUUCUAUACGAGCGUCUUUUCAUUCCCAUCGUCCGUAGAUUCACAAACAAUCCGGUCGGAAUCACGUGCAUACAAAGAAUGGGAAUCGGCUUUGUAAUCAACAUUAUAGCUACAUUAAUCUCAGCACCUGUUGAAAUCAAAAGAAAAGAAGUUGCUGCUAAGUACAACUUAUUGGAUGAUCCGAAAGCGAUUAUUCCUAUCAGUGUGUUUUGGUUGGUGCCUCAGUAUUGCUUUCAUGGACUUGCUGAUGUUUUCAUGUCUGUUGGACUUUUUGAGUUUCUAUUUGAUCAAGCACCUGAGAGUAUGAGAAGUAGUGCUACUGCUAUAUAUUGUGUAAUUAUAGCUAUUGGAAGCUAUGCUGGUACAUUUAUAGUGACACUUGUUCAUAAAUAUAGUGGCAAAGAAAGGAAUUGGUUGCCUGAUAGGAACCUUAAUAGGGGUAGAUUGGAGUAUUAUUAUUAUCUUGUUAGUGGUGUUCAAGUUCUUAAUCUCAUUUAUUUUGGAAUUUGUCUUUGGUUUUAUACUUACAAGCCUUUGGAAGAAAUUGCUGAAAUCAGUAAGGAAGACGAUUUGGAACAGGUUGAUGCAAAUAUCUUGGCUUCCAAUUUAGAAGAGAAAGUUUAG